UUAUGGAUGAACAAAGAAAAUGGUUUCAUGAGAUGGAAUCGGCUUUGAACAUUGUUGAAAUGAUGCCACGGCUUUGGAAUAUUAGGUAAAGUUAAUUGAUAAAGCAGAGGCAGAGUUUGAGAGGAUUGACUCCAAUUUUGAGAAGUUCUACUGUGGGUAAAAUGCUAUUAAACAGCAUUGCAUGCUAUAGAGAAAUCUUUGGGGAAAGGAAGAGUCCAUCAAUGUGGCAAAUUUUAUUGUUUUAUUUUAAGAAAUUGCCACAACCACUUCAGCUUUCAGCAACCACCACUCUGAUCUGUCAGCAGCCAUCAGCAUCGAGGCAAAACCCUCCAACAGCAAAAAGAUCAUGACUUGCUGAAGGCUCAGAUGAGCAUUAGCAUUUUUUGGCAAUGAAGUAUUUUUAUAUUAAGUUAUCUACUGAUGCACUACUCUCCUUUAUCAGCCCUGGAGGGGUGAAGACUAUGUGUUACUCAUCUUUAUACCCUGCCUGGAGCCCAUGGCCUGCACUUAGUAGGCAUUUAAUAAAGAGGAAAAACUGAAAGGAGAAGAAAAUACUUUUGUGUAAGGGAUGGGUUUGCAACUCUGAGGGAGGAAGCCAUUCUAUCAAGCCUAAAGAAAAGUGUGUUCCUAGGUAAGUGGAUGUUUUCUUUUUAUUUAUUUAUUUUUGUAGAGACAGGGUCUCCCUAUGAUGCACAGGCUGGUUUUGAACUUCUGGCUUCAAGUGAUCUUCCUGCCUCACCCUCCCAAAAUGCUGGGAUUACAGGUGUGAUCCACUGUGCUCAGCUCCAAAUGGAUGUUUUUCAGCAUUCAGGUAGACAAGAUGCUGGUGGGAAAGAGGACACGGUGAAACCUAAGGCAGGAGGGUGGGAGGUGGGGCUGUGGCUGCAGUCUGCGAGACAAGGCACUCACUCCCCUUCCCUUGUAGGCACCUUUGUCUGAUCUGCCUUUGGAAAGUAGACCACUUGCCAUCAGCAAGGGCUUGAGGAGCAUUUUCAUUUCAUUUCUUUCUCUUCUUUUCAGAGACAGGGUCUUGCUCUGUGCCCAGGCUGGAGUGUAGUGAUGUGAUUAUAGCUCACUGCAGCCUCAACCUCCUGGAUUCAAGUGAUCCUCCUGCCUCAGCCUCUUGAGCAACUGGAACUAUAGGAGAGGGCAGGAUGAGGAUGCGGGCUGCCCUCGUGGGCUGGGCUUGUACCACCCUCUGCCUGGUUUCCUGCUCAUCUGCCUUUUCCCAUGGUGCCAGCACGGUGGCCUGUGAGGACAUGCAGCCCAAGCACAUUCAAGCCCAGCCUCAGCACCAGGACACCCAUCACGUCACCAUCCACACCCGCAGGUCUUCCUAUGCACCAGGUGACAAGAUUCCAGUGACGGUGAGAAGCAGUCGUGAUUUCAUGGGAUUUCUCCUUCAGGCUCGAAGAGUGUCUGAUCAUCAAAUAGCUGGGACUUUUGUUUUCAUUCCUCCUCAUUCCAAACUGAUGACUUGUUUUCAAGAGGCUGAUGCAGUCACCCAUUCUGACAAGUCCCUGAAGAGAAACCUGUCGUUCCUGUGGAAGGCCCCUGCCCAGCCUGUGGGGGACAUUAAGUUCCUUUUAUCAGUAGUCCAGUCAUAUUUCGUUUACUGGGCAAGGAUUGAAUCAUCUGUUGUGUCUCAACAGACACAUAGCAGCGCCCAUUCUGACGACCGCAUGGAGCCCAGAUUACUGAUGCCAACCCUUCACCAGAGGCUGGGCGAUGUUGAAAGAGCUGCCCCAGCUCCCAGGGCCCCCAUCACUCUUCCACAGAAGCACACACAUGUCUUUGCUGUUACCCUUCCUGGAGCUGCAGAGGAGGACAACCUAGAUCCUGUUCCUGCCAGUAUUUGGGUGACAAAGUUUCCUGGGGAUGCAGAGACUCUGUCCCAACCAUCUUCACACACAGCCACUGAAGGCAGCAUCGACCAGCAACCCAGCAUGGACAGCAAUCCGACUCUAGAGCCGUCCCUGGAGGUCCACAGGCUGGAGAGGCUCGUGGCCCUCAAGAGAGUCUCCUCAGAGAGCUUUGCUUCCAGACUUAGCAUCCAUCACAGAACUCAGGAUGAUCCCAGCUUUGAUUCACUGGAAACUUGCCUGUCCUCAGUUGGGGGUGAACAGGACAAGAUGAAGGCCUCUAACAGGACCGUGACACAGCCUCCUCGGUACACCUUCCAGCUUACCCGUCCCGGGCGCCUCUGGUCCUCUGAAACUUUCACAGGGAAUGGGGCGGGGGCAAGCAACCCAACCCCUGUCCUCCAGACCUCUGGCACUUCUGGGCUACCUGCUACUGGUGACCAGUCAGAGGCAUCCAGGGCCUCUGCCAGCUUCUUACCUCAGUCAAAGCACGAGGAGCUCAGAGCAGGGAAGGGAGAUGGAGAGGGUGGAGUGGGAUACCCUCAGCAGACCAACUCACAGCCUGACGCCGGGCAAGAGGGGGCCCAGGCCCCUCUGGGGAUCCAGCUCAGAACUCCCCAGCUGGGAGUUCUGCUUUGCCUGUCAGCCAUCCUGGGCAUGGCCCUGGCUGCUGGCCUUCGCUACCUGCACACCCAGUAUUGCCACCAGCGGACAGAAGCGUCCUUCAGCGAGCCCUCUUCAGAUGCUGUUGCCGGGAGCGACAGUGGUGAGACUGUGCACAUCAGGAAGAUUGGGGAGAAUAGUUUUGUUUUGGUUCAAGCAGACUACAACUGGAUCACUCCUUCUGUGGGUAGCAAGAAAACAGUCCUCUGAGAAGACCAUCACCCCAGACAUCUCAGUGGCCCUCCUUGGGCCCUGGAGAGUGUCCCAGACAGAGCAGACCUAAUGAGAAUACCUGAUGAAGACAGGGACUCAUUGUGCCUCUGUCAAUGUGCAGUUCAUGGAGGAAGCCAGGAGAGGACAGUUUGAUCAACAGAGGGAGUUAUUUCUGAGCUUUGUUGUCUUAACAUCUGUAAUUGAGCUUCCUUUUUUUUUUUUUUUUUUUGCAAUUAGACGUUCUGUUUGAAGACUUAAACUCAACACAAUGAAUAUUGUAUAACCUGCUCAUUAACUAGACCCCUGUGGCCGCUAAGCUUCCUCUGUUGCCUUAAGGAAGCCAUAGAAAUAGAAAUACUGUCCCUCCUUAGUGUCUCAGCCUCAUCUCUUCUAACUAUUUGGGGAAAAAAGUAAUGUUGGGUUUGUGUCUCCUGCAAGAAAAAGAACUGCAGCUCUCACUUUGCCUUCCUAAACCACCCCCAAAUAAGUUUUCUUUUCAAAACUAGAAUUCAACUACUUGCUAGAGUUCUGAUUGGGAUGGCUAGGUGAAUGCAAGGGUGUUUGGUCUUCUGGGCAACUCAGCAGCCUGGCAAAUCGCUAUGGAAAUUGAUCCAAAGUCAGGAAAGUUUUUGAGAGCUUGAUUGAACACAUCUUUAGGAAAACAUAUACAUGCAACACAAGGCCAUAAACAUCAGAGCGGGGUAAGCGAGCCUCUUCAUCAGGUGUAAAUGGAUCUGAGACCUCCCAUCCAUUUACACUUGAUGGAAAGAUUCGUGUAUUCCAGCAGCUAGCAGACAUAUUGCCUUUUGCCAGAGGUCAGGCUGGAAAACGUUAUUAUACCAGCACAGUUUGAAGAACAGUCUUUACUUGUCUUUUCAGGGAAUAUCAGGCAGAAAGCUUCAUGGACGAAGGUCAUCUAUCUGAUCUCAUAACCUUAUGAAGAUUGCUUUGAUUUAACAGUGGCUCCACAGAUACUAUCUGAGGUCAAAACAACAGAUCUGAAUGUAACUCUUAAAUAUGCUCACCUAAUAUAGCACAUUGGAAUUAGCUGCCUUUCAGAGUGAAACCUAUUAUAGAGUCACCAUUCAUUUUAAUGCAGAAACAAAAAUCACUACAAAUUCAGAAAGGAUAUUUGUUUAUUGAACACCUAAUUCAUACAGGAGCUGUGCUAAGAAGUUUGCGUAUAUCUUCACUUUUAACCCUCACAAAAAUUUAAUGAGGAAUAAGUGCGGUAACUUUCCAAGGAGAAUGAAGCUUUCCUUACAUCUCAAUUUAACAAUUUUUAAAAAUUGGGUGUUCAGGAAAGAGACAGCUCCUGCUUUUUCCAUACCUCCCUUUAGCUCAUUGGUCAUCAAUUCCAAGACUGUCUCCUCCUGGAACAGAGCUAGAUAGCUCUGUUCCCUGGCUUCAGUCAUUAGAUGCAUGGAGACCUAGGUAAUUUGUGCAUUCACAAAUGAAAGUGUUCUAGGAAUGCUAUGGAAAGAAAGAAAUGUACUGUACUCUAAUAAGGCCACAGAUAUCCCUUCUGCAUGCCUAGGAAUGCCCUCUAAAAGAUGUCCUCCCCGAGAAGCAAACAAGGGACCCCAUUAGUGGAGAGCUCUCAUCUGGCCACAUCACAUCAGAGCCAGAUGCAUCAUGUAUGCAACACUUUUUAGAUCUUUUCUGUCUAAGAGAGAAUUUUUCCUAUGUAAACAGACUGUUUUGCUUAUCUGUUGAUGUGAACAGAUUACCUCCAAGCUUAGUAGUUGAAAAUAAAAUCACCACCACCA